GCACCGGGGGUCUGGACCCGGCUGGCACGCCUGCCUUGGCUGGGUCCUUUGCUCCACAGCAGAAAUGAUAUUGUCGGCGACCAGCUCCGGCGCCGCACAAGUCGUCCGCCUCAUCUGCUCGCUCGCCCCCCGGGGCCCGGGCAUGCCUGAUAUUGCUUCUGUCGAUUCUCAUCACCAUCAACUCCAGCAGCGUCUGCACGGAAACGAUGGUGAGAGUCUGGACGUCUCUGUCAGUGGCGAAACGGGUUAGGUAGGUGGACUGGUUCAUCGAUCACAGUCCUCAAACUGCACUGCCUGCAUUAGCGUCCCCCUGGCUGGGACCAACUCCGAAGGAAGGAUGAGCGUCUUGGUGUUAAGGGGGUCGUCGGUGGAGGAGUUGUGAAGACAUUAAAGCACACCGGCACUCCCCCGGUGGAAAGCUCUUGUGGCGCCCAGGGGCUCUCUGUCUGGUUCAAGCCGGCCACCCAUCCAUCACCCUUUUGACAACAUGUCGUCCUCUCUCGAGUCACCGCUCCUGCUGCGACAGGGGCUGGUGUUGCUGAACGCCCCCGCCGUCUCGUGGCUGGCUGCGGCCCUUGUCCUUCCGCUCACGCUCGUCGCGUGGUUCACCGUCUCCUGGGCGUCGUCGCCCCUCCGAAAGUACCCCGGGCCAUUUCUUGCAGGGUUCACAAACCUCUGGCGCGUCGCCCAGGUGCAGUCCGGCAGCUAUCAUCUGCGGAUGAAGAAGCUUCACGAGCAAUAUGGCCCCGUUGUCCGUAUUGGGCCCAACCUGCUCGACCUCGACUAUCCGGAGCUCAUCAAGACCAUCUACACCACAGAUGGAAAAUGGCGCAAGACGGAGUUCUAUGAGAACAACUCGGCCAUGGUCAACGGCAAGCAAACCUUCCACAUGUUCAGCACCACCGACCAAGCCGAGCAUGCCCGCAUGAAGCGUCCCGUCGCCAAGUACUUCUCUCUCGGCCACGUGCUCGCCCUCGAGCCGCACAUGGACACUGUCAUCACCGACCUGAUGAAGAACCUCGAUGACCGUUUCGUCAACCCCAAGAAGACGUGUGACCUUGGCGAAUGGGUAGGCUUCUACGCCUGGGACCUGAUCAGCUCGGCAACCUUCUCGCGGCGCUUCGGCUACAUGGACGCCGGGCACGACUUCGACCAGACCAUCAGCAUCGCCGACAAGGCGCUCGACUACUUCAGCGCGGUCGGCCAGAUCCCCUGGGUGGACUACCUCCUCGACAAGAACCCGGUCAUGCGCAUCGGCCCGCCCAACCUCAGCAACAUCACGCGCAUCUCGCUCGAAUCCCUCAUCGCGCGCAUGCAAGGAAAAGACACCAACUUCAACCCCUCCAUGCCCGACUACCUGCAACACUUCCUCGACUCCAAGGUCGCGCACCCAGAGCUCGUCGACGACGGCAUCAUCAUGGGCUACCUGCUGGUCAACAUGCUCGCGGGCGCCGACACGACCGCCAUCACCAUCCGCGCGGUGUUCUACUUCUGCCUGCGCCACCCGGACACCUACCGCCGCCUCGUCGCCGAGGUGCGCGCCGCCGGCUUCGACCGCGACCGUCCCGCCCCCUACGCCGCCGCCCGCCAGCUGCCCUAUCUUGAAGCCGUCGUGCGCGAGGCCAUGCGCCUGCACCCGGCCGUCAGCAUGCCGCUGGAGCGCUACGUGCCCGCGGAAGGGCUGACGCUGCCCGACGGAAGGUAUGUGCCGGCCGGUGCGGCGGUCGGGUUGAAUGCGUAUGUGGUCGGGAGGAAUGUCGGGGUUUGGGGUGAGGAUGCCGAGGCGUUCCGCCCCGACCGCUGGUUGCAGGGUGAGGGGGAGGCGGAUGAGGACUUUAAGGUGCGGCUGCAGAAGAUGCACGCGGCGGACUUGACGUUUGGUGGUGGCUCGCGCAUCUGCACCGGGCGGAAUCUGGCGCUGGUGGAGGUGUACAAGAUUGUUGCCACGCUGGUGAACCGGUAUGAGAUCGAUUUUGAGGAUCCGAACAAGGAGUGGGAGGUGUUGUGCAGAUGGUUUGCGAGACAGAAGGGGCUGGUUACGAAGAUCAGCAUGAGGGUGUAAUUAAUGGAGGAGAGAAGAUGGUGUUUCUUGUGUCGGUAGCAGAGUACAUGUACGUGUAGAGUAGAGAUCCAGAUUCAGAUUGAUAACACAUGUUGGCGGAGGUAAUCAAGAGGCUAAAUAAAGCUAAUGGUGUGUAACAAUAACACAAAGUCGAGUCUUCGU